UCACCUACAGGAUAGAGCUAUACAGUAUCGCCCCCUUCUCGGGGUUAGGCUUUCCACUCCCGCGGUUAACAAUAUGCAGACAAUAGUUUUUUAUCUAUUGAUGCUAGGCGGCAGUUCAUUGCCAUGCACGAAAUUCCAAAUCUCGGUCGGGCUAGAUUUUUACUUAUAGGGGUCGUACGGACGCCGGGGCUGCGUGCCUUGCCUCACUUGCUUCUGCACAUCUCUACCGCCAAGACUAAUCCGCCGUCGAGAUGAAGUCGCUCACAGUCGUUCUCGCGCUCGUCGCGCACGCCCAAGCCGGCCUUCGAUUUGCUUGCUCCACCUUGACCAUCCAGCGUCUAGACCCCGUCGUCGAGUCGGGCAAGCUCCCUUCCGCGCAUCUUCACCACAUCGUCGGUGGAAAUGCUUUCAAUGCUAGCAUGACCGGUGAUGUCGGUGAGAGGGGUACCUGCACCACCUGUGAGAUGUCGGAGGACUUCUCCAACUACUGGACGGCCGUGCUAUACUUCAAGCACCCGACCAACGGCUCUUACCACCGUGUCCCGGUCAAGGCCAACGCCGCUCUCGCAGCCGGAACCACGGGUGGCAUGACCAUCUACUACACCCAACACGACUUCUCUACGGAUGACCUGAAGAACCAGUACAUCACAGCUUUCCCGCCCGGAUUCCGAAUGACCGUGGGCAGCCCGACCACGGAGACGUUGGACCAGGCCAAGGGCCACAUUGGUCUGCGCUACAACUGCCUGCAGAGCCUUCUCAACCGAGGAGCCGAGAUGGUCGACUUCCCCACCAGACCCUGCCCUGCUGGUAUCUUCACAGUCCACCACUUCCCCGCAUGCUGGGACGGCAAGAACCUCGACAGCCCGGACCACCAGUCGCACAUGUACAACACCAUCAAGUACGACGGCUUCACGAACGCUCCCCCGUGCCCUGCCUCUCACCCUGUUCGCAUGCCCCAGGUCACAUACGAGACCGUCUGGGACACGACCAAGUUCAACAGCCUAUGGCCCACCGGAACGCCUAACCCGUUCGUGUGGUCGUUCGAGGGCAGCAGCGGAUACGGCACGCACGCCGACUACAUGUUCGGCUGGAAGGGCGACUCGCUCCAGCGCGCGAUGAACAAGUCCGAGUGUUUCUACGAUGGAUGCGGCUCCAUCACCAAGCAGGCCAUGUCGACCGCCAACAAGUGCACCGUCAAGGACUUCGUCGGCGAGGACACCGAAGGAUGGGUCGACCAUCUCCCGGGUAUGGAGAUGUAGAGUGGAUUAGACGAUUCCUUUUCGUGACAGGAACUGCAAGAUCGUUCUUUGAUGUUAGGAGGCGCUGUGGAGGUGUCAGUUUGAUCGAUAGCAUGUAGCUACAUAGAUGCGACGAUUUCUAUCAGAUUACCAACGAUGAUUUUCGAGGUGUGAUGCAAACCUAGGUACUCGUGUAUGAACUGUGACCUUCUAUCGCUUCCUAAUGAUUAAGAUCGACGUUUAUCAGAAUAUGCGAUGAGUUGAAUUCGAAU